AAUUAGAAAAGAAUAGAAUAUAUUAUUAUUAUUAUUUAAGUAUUUUUACUAUUUGCCUACUAAUUAAAGGUUGCUUUCUAGUUUUAGUAAAAAUAUGGUUUUAUUUAAUGAGAGUUCGUCUAUACGAGCAAAUUUAAUUACGGAUUUUGUUAAAUAUCAAUAAAACAACAAUUUUUAUCAAAUGUAUCCUAUCAGCCAACCUUGUAGGUGCUCAGGUAUAAAAAAAUUGCACUUGUGAGUUUCUUAAAUAAUGAAAUGUCGGAUCCCAACCACUCAGUAUUAUUAAGCACAUUUGUAAAUGGCAAAAAGAAGGUCAAGAUUAUUUUCCAUAAGGAGGUGUUGGUCUGGGAGAAUGAAAAAGCUCCCUUAGACCAACAUACAGUACCCAUUGAAAAUGUUUUAUCGGUUGAACAUUGUUAUUUAAAAGAGACACAUCCUUCACUCCAAAGAGAGAUCGACUACAAUCAGUUUAUAAUUCAUUAUGCCGAAAAAUCUGUGGAAGAUAAAUGGGUUUACAAAUCCAUCAUUUUGCAACAUUCAGACCCAUUGCAAGUGGCCUCGUGGGUGAAAACACUAAAAAAUCAUUUGGCAAAAUUCCAUAAAAGACCUAAGCACCUACUACUCUUCGUAAAUCCAUUCGGUGGUAAGCAAAAUGCGAUGCAAAUAUAUGAAAAGUACGGAAAAGCAUUAUUUGCAAUAGCAGGAGUUGAAGUCACUGUAAAUGUUUCUCAGAGAAAAGAUCAAAUUAAAGAUUUUUUAAUAACCCAUAAUCUUGAUAUGUUUGAUGCAGUUGCGUGUGUUGGUGGCGAUGGGACAGUCUCAGAAAUGUUUAAUGGGUUAGUUUUAAGAGAGUGCCGAUCUACUGGUAUUGAUGCCAACGAUAUCCAUCAAACCUUGCCAAAGCCCAAGAUACCCAUUGGAAUUAUACCUGGCGGAAGUACUGAUACAAUAGCUUACUGUCUACAUGGAACAAGUGACCCCACAACAGCAGUAUUACAAAUAAUAUUUGGAGACACCGUCGGCUUAGAUUUAGUGUCUGUAUAUGAUGAGCACCAUCUUUUAAGGCUUUACGCAAGUGUUUUAAGUUAUGGCUAUCUUGGAGAUGUUGCUUUUCAAAGUGAUCAGUAUAGAUGGAUGGGUCCUUUAAGAUAUGAUUAUUCUGGUUUUAAGAAAUUAGUCCUAAAUAAAGGUUACCAUGGAGAAAUUGCAAUCUACACUGACAAAAAGGAUGUAGAGAAGCAAAAUUGUAAAAGUAAGUGUGAAACAUGUGAUAGAGCUGCGUCUACCCAAGAGAAAAUAAACUGCAAGUGGGAAACAAUAAGAGGGAAAUUUUUUAUGGUCAGUGGUGCCAACAUAAGCUGCGCAUGUAGCAGAAGUCCCCAAGGUAUAGCGCCUUAUUGUCAUUUGGGAGACGGAAAAGUCAAUUUGGUUUUAGUUAAACAUACAUCCUUUGUUAAUAUUAUUAAGCUAUUGUUAAGGUUAUCGAGUCCAUAUGCCUCGGUGGAAGACCUGCCUUUUGUGGAAACGAUUAGCGCAAGAGAAUUCUGCUUUAGGGCUAUUGAUAAGUCCAAUAGCAAAUGGAACUGUGAUGGUGAAGUGCAGCAUCAAACCAAUAUUCGUGCCAAAGUUAGGUGUCAGCUGCUCACAAUUUUUAGUCGUGGAAGUGAUAAGCUACCAAACACGAAAGGAAGCUGUUGUAAUUUUUAAAAUUUAAGGAAGUUUAAAGUUCAUGUAUUUUUUGGAAUCUUUUCAUAGGCUAAAUUUUACAGCAUUAAAAUUAGUAUUAAAAAUUGUUAGGUCUUUGCGACCAGAGUCUUCUAUAAUAUACUUCUAUCGGACUUAAGGGUUGUUUGAUCUUACAACUUGUUUUUGACAUAUCUUUAUAAAAACAUCCAUAUUACAUGUUAUUUGUAAUAAAUGAACUGCCGUGUAAACAUCCAUAUUACUUGUUAUUUUCAAUAAAUGAACUGCCAGCUUUAUGCAUAUAAAUGGAAAAAGACAUAUUACAGUAAAAGCACCUAAUUUGUGGCUGUGAUUUAGGUGUUUUAUUAAUUGAUAUAGUAGCUGCAAAAUGAGCGUUUAAAAUUUAGAAAAGUAAAUAUGGUUUUCCAACGUAAAUGGGAUCAAGCUACAUUCUUUAAUACCUAUCAAAAAGUCAGGAAGAAGUUUCGCUAUACAACAGCCCUUAAGCUCGAAAGAGAGUAUUUCUAUUUCAAGUAGUUACCUAUACAAGCUUUGAAUGUAUUUUAAUUUAGUUUUAGGGAAAACAUGUGAUUUACUUAAGAGUAAGAUAAUUUUCAAAAGCAUUCCUUUGAUUUGAUAUAUACCAAGAGUAUUUCUAUUUUUGUAUUGUUUGUAUUAUCGACGAACUUGUGAGGUCUUAAUAAUACAUAAUAUGUACUUUUUAUCAUUGCUACAGAUCCUAUACAGUGAAUUAAAUGAAAGUAAAUACAUAAAUUAAAUACAGUGAAAUAAAUAAAAGUAUCGGGCAGUCUAAAAUGAGAAACCAAUGUGAACGAUGUGUAUGCACUAUCUUUAACUAUUAUCUUAAAUUUUGAUAGCAGAGAUCAUUAUGGUCGUUAUGGUGAUUUUCAUUAAUGAUCUGCCCAGUUUACAAUUUCAGUCAUUUUGAGGUUCGAUUAAUGUGGCAAUAUGGGGACUUAGUUUAGUUCAGUCGGAUAAUUUUAAGUAAAAAUCUUUCAUUAAAUUUCUAGACAUUUUUUCUUGUCAUAAUUAUAAAAUACAGAAACAUAUUUCUUUAUAUAUACUCUGUAUAAAACUUUCUGAGGAAAAUGUAUAUUGAAUGUAUUCCAAUUUGUUCCCUGUACUAAAAUAGGAAAAUCCUUGCCAACCAGGGAAAGUUAAACUUUAACCUCCACUAAAUUUUAUUCUUUUAAAUAAACUAUUCCUGUUUAUUAUAACAGAGCAUCAUCUUGUCAAAAGCUAGUUUUACUUAAUUUGCGAUAUCUGCCAUAUAUUGUUGCCUAUUUAUGAAGAUUUAGCUUUGAGUAUUAUUGUUUCAACAUUCUUGUAUGUAUAAGAAACUAUUGCGCGAUAAUUUUUGACUGUACUAGAUAUAAUUCUCUUGGACAUUUUUACAAAAAGAUCUAAUCUAUAGAAGUAAACCCCUGCAAUUCUUCAGGUCGUGUUAUUUAGAUUAGGUGAUUAUAAGUGCAAUUUUCAUUCCCGAUUUUUAGUAUUUUAAUUAGACAAAAUGGUCGUUUUUAUUGAAUUUAAAUCGGGAUUUUCCUUGUAAAUUUGAACAUGCAGUCUACUAGUGCUGUGUGAUGUUAAUAGAAUUAUUGAUAUAAAAGUUGUCGAUCCUGUAUAUACGCACAAUGUUUCAUAUGCACGAUGUGUUACUUUAAUUGACGUACCUAGGGAUUUUGAUUUAUGCAACAAAAUAAAGCUGCUGGAUCUUGUUUGGUAUGACUCUUGAUUUUAAUUUAAGAAUUUACAGUAAUUCAAUAAUUUCUGGGUUUUAAAACAUUUGCGUGUUAAUUAAAAUUACAGUCCGUGCAUAUAAAAAAGUGUCCUUUUAUUUAGUGUACCUUAAACCAAUUUAAGUUAUUAACACCAUUUACUGUUACCAUCUCUAUUAAUAUUUGUCUUGUUAGUUUACAACUUUAUUUAGUAUAAGGAUGAGAAUAUUUGUAAAUAUUUGGUUGAGUAUUUUUAUCUUAACUUUAAUAGAUGUUAAUAUUAUUUUAAAUGCACCCGAGUGAUGAAAUCACGGUAUUAUAAUGUAUUUAAAAACUCUACUUUUUUAGCUGAGGCAAAAGCUAUUAGAUUUAGUUAAGAGAUAAGAAAUAACUACAGAUCUUUGAUACAAAAGUAUGUUGGAGCUUCAAAUAAUCAUAGUGCCACAGUCAAAAAUUUUAUGAUUUUUCAUAAAACUCAUUUAUAUAUUGCUCUAGUAGUUCACAAUAUUGAAAAAAUAUUUAUUUUAAUCGGCCAUUUAUUAAGUAUUGGAUGAAUUUUUUAUCAUUGACAAUUUUAAGCUAUUUGAAAAUUUAUUUAAUCGAUCCCGAAACCUUUUGAUCUUCUACAUUAUAUUUGCAGCCAAUCAAGAUUUCACCAAUAUUGUGUGUUGUUGGAAGUUUUAGUUACAAGCCCUAUUGCUACGCAGGAUUUUGUUUGUUAAUAACUCUAAAAAUAGAGAAAUUAAGUUCCUACAAAAAUAUAGGACUAGAGUGUAUUUAAUGUAAACAUGUAGCUGGAGAGCAAGCAAACUAAGAUACGAUUUCACAAACUUUGUCUUAAAUAACUUGUUUAAAACACGUAAUAGUUGAUAACUGCAUUGUAUUUCCUAUAGACAGUGAGGUUUAUAGGCAAUCAGCAGAUAGGUUGCCUACAAACUGGCUUGCCAUUAAGUUUUCUUUUUAUGAAUAAAAUCUAAAGAAGAGUAGGCUCCUGGGACUGUAGAAGAUCAAAGUUCUAUUUGACAUAAUACGUACACAUAUAUCGUGGGUAUACUGAUAUAUAUAUGCGAAAACUGACCAAGUCAAGCCAUCAUAGUUUGUAAAUAAAUCAAUUUAAAGGUUUGCAAUUUUUUUCGGGACUUAGAGUUUAUAGAUAAUACAAAAUAUUCGUUCGUUUUUCUUUUUAAUAUGAUAAUAUGGAUUUCAUAAAUUCAUAUUAAUUUAGUACUUAAUAUUGUUGUUACCUUUAACAAAUUUGAAAAAAAUAUUGACUUGGUCACUUUUGGAUGUAGGAAUUUUUCCAUUUCGCAAUGAUGGUCAACAACAAAUUAAUUUCGUCUAGCAAUAAAACACAAAAAAAUGCUUUGUUUUAAAUUUAUUGAAAAAUUUAAAUUUAAAUACAUUUAAAAGAAACAUGUAAUUCUUAUUGAAGUAGAAAAAUAGAGCAAUAUUUAAAAAGAACUAGUCCGAAUCGGAAUCUGAAAACGCUGAUGGCUCCGGAGCGACAUCUUUUUUUCCACUAUCUGAUGGUAUCGAUUGGUACCAUCGAUGAAACUCGAAAGGAAUUGCUCCCGUUCUACAAAGCUUUAAAACAUCUUGCUUUUUGGCAUUGGAUAUUGGAAUUUCUUUGCUGUAUAGACGAGGUAUUUCAUGUAUGAUAACAUCAUUCGCUGUUCGUUUCAUAAGUCCUGUUACAUUAAGUUUAAUAAACUCCAAGUCGCUAUAAUUGUAUUUAAAUAGGACAUACUGCGUCAUAUUUCUUUCAUAUCGCAUGCACUUGACCUUCAACCAAUUUACGCGAUUACCGCUUUCAUCUAUAGUUCUAUUCUUAAAAGUACGAGCAGCUAGUGCCUUUAAGUCAAAGAAAUCACUGUACUUUAAUUCAUGAACGUUGUAUGGUCCCCUUGUUUUGUUUCGUCCACGAUUGGAGCGAGCUAAUCGAAAAAUGUUACACUAGGUAUAUACUGGUAUGUUUUUUUUUUGCAUUCUCUAUAGCACUGUGCAUAGAGUCUGCCUCCAUGUCUGAAUGACCAGACUCUAAGAAAUUAUAUUGUAUAACAGUUAAGUUACUAUUGUGUACAAAAUGUACAAUAAACAUGAAUAAGGCCGCAAUAAACUGAUUUCUAUUUUGACCGCUGCAGGUAUCAGAAAACAAACUUAUUUCCGUAAUAUUUUGUGGCAAAUUUUGUAUGAAUGUAAGUAGACAUGUUCCUAUUUCCGAACUACCUCGUUGGCCAUUAAUUUCGGUCCAUGCAUAACAGUAGGCUUUUUUUUGUUGCUGCCUCAUAUAUUGUGAAGUUAUAUGCACAUAGUUUCCUGCUGUAAUACAUAAGUAAAACAUCUGAAGACGGUAUUUGUAAAACGCUUUGUCAUAUGUAACGCUUACAAAAUUAUCGUCGUUCAGAGCGCGUUCUUUAUCUGAGUUUUUUGUUGCAUUAGCUUCAUCCCGUCUUUGAAUGUGAGACUCAUAAUUUUCCUUUAAAUCAGCUGAUUUUGUAGCCUGGUAGUUGGUACAUAUCAGGCAUUGAUCUUUUUUAGGCUUGAAAAAGGAUAAAUUAAACUCUGUUCCAAAUAUCCGCCGGUAAGUUAUUUGGGAGGCAUACUCCUUUUGGGCAUUUUUAGAUUCUUCAGCGUACAAAGCGUACAUUUUGGCUAUUGAUAAAUUAGAAUCUAAAUACUUUCGUUUAGUUGUUGCUCUACAAUAAUGAGAAGCCAUGGUUGGAAAACUUUGUAUGUGAGCUUUCAUUGCUUCAAUGAUUUCUGGUUUUGUCUUAUUAGCUGGUGUUCUUCGACCACGUUUGUCAUCAGCAACAAAUAUGCCUGAUUCAUUUACCCCAGAAAAAGCUUUGUCUACUGGUCCAUGACUCAUACAUAAAGUACGUAAAAAGAAUGUUUUACAGACCCGAACUUUUGUGCCUUCCUUUAAAAAAUAAUAGAAUCUGCUACUAGUUUUUUGAGCACCUGUUCCUGAUCGAACUCUUCUACAAGCAGGUUCCUUACUUGUAACAUAACAAAAUCUUUUUGUCUUUUGUAGUCAAGAUCCCAAAAUUGUGAGCAUAAAUCCUCAACUCAUCACUAAAAUUUAAGGAGCAUUUAAAUUUACAGGAGUCGCAAUUAAUUAAUCUAGGUUUCUUUGCUGGCUUCACUAUGCCCCUUUUAGAUUUAUAAGGCAAACUUGACAUUUUAUUUUUUUUGGCAAUAUUCCUUUUCCGCUGAGAAGGAUCACUUUUCUUCCAGCGACAGCUACGUUCUGAAGCGGCAGGUGUGUCACUUUCCGAAGACGAUUUUCGAUUUGACAUGUUUUCGUGGUCACUAGGUAUGUAAUUAAUUAUCACUGCUGCCAGAAGAAAAAUCUAAAUCGCUUUCAGAUGUAUUUUCCUUUACUGAGCAUGUAGGUAGGUCGUUUUGAAACUUUCUUGGCGUAGAGCUUAAUGUGCCUAAUUAUAAUGAAAAUUUAAAUUAAAAGGGAAAUUUAUUUCUUGAAAAAGAUUUUACCUUCAACAACACUAUUUACUAUGGAUGCAGGAUCGUCAUUGUAACUUUCAUUUGUGGUUGCCACAGGUAAAACACAUACUUUUUGUGUCUCUGAGAUUAACAAAGCGGGUUCUGAAAACGAGAAAAAUACUAAUAAGAACCGCUAUUUGAUCACCAUUAUAUUAUUCUGCUCUUUAAAGAAAACAAAAUCAGAUAAACUUUAAUCGAACAUAACCUCAAACUCGUUUUCAGCAAAUUAAUCUAAUUAAAAGACUACCGAAUAUAAACAAACAAUGCUUACACGAAAUAAUGAGUAAUCGUCAAUUUUCUCUUAAAGAUAUUAACAUUUCAGUUACAUAGAAAAGUGAGUAGAUAGAAAUUUGGUUGUCAUAACUUGUACAUUUUAAUAUUAUGCGUGUGGCAUAUUUACCAGGUAUUCGGCAACUGCUUAUGACUUAGUUGGACUUAUUACCUUAAAAUUGGUAAAAAUUCGACUUCGUCACUUUUCGCAGUAUACACACGAUAUGUAUGCAAAAAUAGGGUUUGAACAAAGUGUAAAAGCCUUUAACUAUGUAAAGUACGAUAUUUUAAAAAGUUGCUUCAAUUUCACUAAAGAACCUAAAAAACUUAUUAUGACUUAUGCACUAAUCUUCUCAUAAAAAAUAUUUUGUUUUCGAUUGGAAAGAUGAUCUUUUAUAGUUAUUAGUUUUAUUUAUGUAAAUCUACAAAAUACAAAAUCUAACAGGUGUGAGUUAAUUAAUUGUAUUAUUUAUGACGGAUGUACUUAAAGUCUAUUGAUAUGUUUUAUGAUUUUAUUGUUAUUUAUUGUGGUUGUAUUAUAUUUAUUAAUGUUUUUAUGUAUAUAAGUAAAUAACAAAUAGUAAAAUUUUAAAUUAUUUACCUGCUCAUUGGUAUUUUUCUGUAGGGGCACAAAAUAAAGGAUGUUAUUAUGUAUUCAA